AUGGCAGAAGGUGAGGAAGCGCCUUCAGUUCCCGGUUCGUCUCGAGAGCGAUCAGCCAGAAUUCGAAAGGUGGACUCGAGUAUCUCAGAUGAGGAUGCAGCCGACGCCGCGGUCCUUCGCCUCGGCCAGAGCAAGUCCGUCCUGGUUGAGCCCUCCUACAUGUAUCCCAGCAAGGCCGAGACGGACCGCAGCCAGCGGCGGCACCACCAGAGCGUCACGCAGCAGAUGCGCCUAGAGCAAAACCGUGUUCGGCAACGCAAACCGCUGCCCGAUUGGCGUGUCAUCCUCCAGCAGCUAACGGCAUGGACCCCCGAGCGGUCCGACGAUUGGCAAGCCGACGCCGUCAAGAUCAUCCUGCCCAAGGAGACUGCAAGCGAGAUGCUGUCCGGUGUCGAUAAUAACAUAUGGGCAAUCAGGCGUCGGACAGGUUGUGCAAUGAAGCUCUUCCAGAACGAUGGGGAGGAUGGCUCGUCUUCAGUCGUUCUCUCCGGCUCUGAAGUGUCGCUGAACAAGGCUGCGGAGGAGAUUCUGCGUGUGGCUAAGAAGGCUACUAUAAUACGACUACCUCAAACACCAGAGAAAGCCGACCAGGAUAUGGACGAGAAGGACGGACCUACAAGCCACGUCGCAUCGAAGAGCAAGGCUGUUAUCAAUGCUCCCUGGCGGGAAAAUGGGCAUCUUACACGCCCAUAUACCCUGAAAGGAAGUGUGAAUGACAUUGCAAAACCCUCAGAAUGGACGAAGGAGUCGUUCGAGAUGUAUGUUUCAGCAUUAGUGAACGCCCGUGUUCCAAAUCAUCUACUAUCGAAAGCCUACCCCUACGGUGGGUCACACGACAAGACCGUUAUUUCCCUCCUGCACACCGUCUUCAAUGACGAUGCUACACGCUCUGCCCUCUCCACCUCCGCUUUCAAGCUGGCCCUCGCAUUCAUGUGCCGCAAGGGCCACCCCUACCGGCCCGACGCGCGCGCCCUCUUCGUCCGGAUGGAGCAGUUCGGCUUGCGCAUGGACACGGAGGUCUUCAAUAUCCUGCUCCAGUCCACAGUGAAGGUCAAGGACCUGCGAAACUUUGACACGACGAUGCGCCUGAUGGUCGGCCGGGGCCACGCGCCUGAUCUCGCCACGUGGGUCCUCUUCCUGCGCAUCAUUCACAGCGAGGACGUCAAGCGCUACAUUCUGCACGCCAUGGCCACCAAGGGUCUGCUGCGCACGCAGUCCGCCCUCCGGCGCGUGGCCAAGGAGCUCGCGCCGCACGACGCCGACCGGGCCGUCGCCCAGGGGAAGGGCCUGCAGGCCUUCAUGGCCGACCAGGAGGCGCGCUACGGCGCCGGCUGGCUCACGCGCGACGCAGGCAACCGCAUCAUGGACGUGCUGGGCCGCUUCGGGCGCUUCGACGACUGCCUCGCCCUGCUGGACAUCAUGGCGACGGCCGGGCCGGCAGCGCGCCCCGACAUCGUGACCCUUAACACGAUCCUCACGCACGCCAAGGUCCGCGGCAGCAUGCGCGUGGCCGCCGACGCGCUGCGCAAGGUGGAGCAGCUGCAGACUCUCACGGCGCGGUCACGCGUGCUCCCAGAUGCGAUCACGUACCACCUACUUUUCGAGAUGGCGUGGAAACGGCGGUUGCCGCACGCCAUCGGCGUCGUGUGGCGGUACGCAGCCCUCGCGCGCCUAACGAGCUACCGCAUGCGCCGGCGCGCGUCCCAGCUGCUUGCGGGCGAGCUCUCACCAUCUACGAUGAAGAAGCUCGGCCCGCUAGCAGGCGAAGACGCCGCAAUAGGUGGUGCUCUUGUCGAUAGCAAGACGCUGGAAGCGCUCGUCGCGAGCAGCGACGACCGCGACAAGGCCCUACAGAAUAUGGGCGCUGCGGUCAGCGAGUGGUACCAAGAACAGUAUCGUCACUGGGAACCAGACGUAAAUCUGGGGACCAUGCUCGGUGUUGCCAUGGAGCGGGACUUCGAGGCUCUAGAGGGCGGCCGGGAUGGGAAGAACAAGGCGGAGGGUUCGGAACUGGUGCAACAAAAGCCAUUGACACUACAAUUGAGACCAAGAGUGGAAAGGGAUGCGCUCCCUGCGCCUUCUCGCCAGCAAAAUGUAGGUGGAGAAGGUCAUACCCUCAAGAUACAGAGGACACCAACGGGGAGCAGACGCCCCCUUAUAUAG